AUGCAUAGUGUGAAAGAGGUGUUUAAAGCAUCACCUUUCCUGGUAGGCGAUGACUGUGUCUCCAUCAUGAACGGAACGGACGAAGGUGUCUCAGCAUGGAUCACCGUCAAUUUCCUAACAGGCAGUUUGAAAACUCCAGGAAGGAGCAGUGUGGGCAUGCUGGAUUUGGGCGGAGGAUCCACUCAGAUCACCUUCCUUCCACGGGUUGAGGGCACCCUUCAGACCUCCCCACCAGGCCACCUGACAGCGCUGCAGAUGUUUAACAGGACCUACAAGCUCUAUUCCUACAGCUACCUGGGGCUAGGACUGAUGUCAGCGCGGCUGGCAAUCUUGGGUGGCGUGGAAGGGAAACCUGCAAAAGAUGGGAAGGAGUUGGUCAGCCCUUGUUUGUCUCCUGGGUUCAAAGACGAGUGGGAGCAUGCUGAAGUCACAUACAGGAUUGCAGGACAGAAGGCAGCAAGCCUCCACGAGCUGUGUGCCCGCAGAGUGUCAGAGAUCCUUCGAAAUAAAGUACACAGGACCCAAGAGGUGGAGCAUGUGGACUUUUAUGCUUUUUCUUACUACUAUGACCUUGCAGCCAGCGUGGGCCUCAUAGAUGCAGAGAAGGGAGGCAGCCUUGUAGUUGGAGACUUUGACAUAGCAGCCAAAUAUGUGUGUCGGACCCUGGAGACCCAGCCGCAAAGCAACCCCUUUGCAUGCAUGGACCUCACCUAUAUAAGCUCACUGCUCCAGGAGUUAGGUUUCCCCAGGGACAAAGUGCUGAAGCUCACUCGGAAAAUUGACAAUGUGGAGACCAGCUGGGCUCUAGGGGCCAUUUUUCAUUACAUCGAUACCCUAAACAGACAGAAGAGUCUAUCUUCAUAGCAGCUGAGCCCCAAUUCCCACCCAGCCAGCUUUUCUGAGCUUGCAUCUCCAUGGACCCCUCCAUCCUGGAAGCGAUUCCAUCCUUGAGGAGCUACCAUACUGGCUAAGACUCUCCUUCCUCAGCCUGCAGUGGCACCUCGUACAGACUUGCCUGAGACCUGGUGGGAUCCCUUGCUGCCGGGCCCAUGUACUAGCCCUGUUGUGCCUCAUCUGGCCCAGGGGCAGGGACUGGGAAGCCCCAGGCAUUCCCCCUGCCUUGCCUCCAAGAAGGCAAUGAGCUAGACAGGGCCAAGGGCACACCCUGAGGUGGGCCUUCAGCCCCUGUCCCCAUCCCCUCUGUCUGCAGGGUUGUGGCUGCUUUUCCGUGCAUCCCUGUGAUGUAGAUCUUGUCUCCCAGCCCCUGCUGUUCCCUCUCCAGGGCCAGACCUCCACCUCCCCUGUGCUGGCCUGGCUGCUCUGGGGGAGCCAAGAAGAAAAAGUGCAAUCUCCAGGACAAAAGACUUGAGCAUAUUCGUCUCAUCCUCAUUGUGAACAGUGAACUCACAGGGAGGUCUGCUCCCCACUAGUGGGUAAUACUAGUAGGAAGAGAACAAAGAAGACUCCCUCUUCCAGAGCGCUCUAGGAAGGUAUUUCUGAUUGCAGAGUCCCCAGGUGUGAGCAGGGCUGAGUGUAAUCACUGUAAAAACACUCAUGGCCAUGCUGCCUGCCCUGGGAGUGUCAAGCACUUCUGUAUAAAACUAUGUCUGAGCCCCUUUUCUGGACACAAUUCUGUGUCCCAGUGAAUGUAUUGCUGCUGUGAGCCAUUUGCAGACUAGCAGGGCCGGUCAAAGAUAUAGCCCCAGAACCACACUUUUUUUGUGGCUCUUGUGCUCUCUUCAGGCCAUAGCCCGUUCUCCUCAUCUGACCCAGGGGCAGGUUCUGGGAUGCCCCCUAGCACCCACUCUCUGGGUUGGAGCUGAGUGUGAAGCUUGGAUAUGGUUUAGGACCUGGUGCCUGAGUCCCUCGUUGUCCUUCAGUGAAUGUACAAUACAUGGAAUAAGCUGAA